AUGGCUGAGCUGCACUUUUACAACUGCAGUUACUAUCAGUCCUACAUGACAUCAUCUGUCCAGACAUCUGAUCCUUAUCAUGAGGCUUGCUUGCCCAUUCAUAUCACCUGCCUGGUAGAACUGAAGAAAACGAAUGAGCUGUUCUACCUUGGACAUAAGCUUGUUGAUAACUAUCCUCAAAAGACUGUUGCUUGGUAUGCAGUUGGCUGUUAUUACUAUGUCAUUGAAAAGUAUGAGCAGGCUAGGAGGUACUUUAGCAAAGCUACCAGUAUAGAACGAGUUUAUGGGCCAGCAUGGCUUGCAUUUGGGCAUGCUUUUGCAGCAGAAGGAGAGCAUGAUCAAGCAAUGGCAGCUUACUUCACAGCUUCUAAGCUAAUGCCAAGAUGCCAUCUGCCUCUUCUCUAUAUUGGCCUGGAGUAUGGAAAAACCAAUAAUGCAAAACUGGCUGAGAGAUUUUUUGAACAGGCUUUUAUUCUUUCACCAGAUGAUCCUUUUGUGAAGCAAGAGAUGGGCGUGAUUGCCUUUCAAAAUGGAGAUUAUCAUUCAGCAGAAAAGAACUUCAAGGCAGCUCUCCAGAAAGCACAGAUCACUAGCGGGGAAGUUCUCUCAGAAACUUGGGAGACGCUGCUCAGUAACCUUGGCCAUGCCUGCCGCAAGCUAGGGAGAUACCAAGAAGCAUUACGAUACCACAAGCAAGCACUUGUUCUUGUUCCAAACAAGGCUUCCACUUUCUCUGCCCUUGGCUUUGUCAAUAGCCUCUUAGGAAAUCACCAUGAAGCAAUAGGCUAUUUCCAUAAGGCACUUGGUAUUCAACGCGAGGAUACUUUUAGUGUUCACAUGCUAGGUGAAACUCUUGAACAGCUAACAAUAGAGGUCAACACAAAAGUGAAAGAAGACAAUGAUAUGAGCAUGGAGAUGGAUAACAGAUCUGAUGAGGAAAGUGACUGA